AUGUCUUCCAUAAUAGAUCAAGCACAAGACUUUGGUCAAAAUUUGCUUCCAUACUUGACCAAAUGGUACACUAUUGUGUUCCUUAUACUAAUCACUUAUAUCCCCUUAUAUAACCUUAAAAAUGCUUACUCAGCUUGGAGGUUGGGCUGUCAAAAUCCACCAAAAUUCCGCCAAGCUGGGUUCACUGGUGUAUUUGGUUUGAUUGAAGCAGUGAAGAAGAAAAAUGCGGGCAGAUUGGCUGAUUGGGGAGAUGAACAAUUCCAGUAUUAUCCACACCAUUCCAUGUAUUUAAAUGUUGUUGGCUUAUUAAAGAUUGUCUUUACAGUUGACCCUGAAAAUAUCAAGGCAGUGUUGGCUACUCAAUUUAACGACUUCUCAUUGGGUACUAGACAUGCUCAUUUGGCCCCACUUUUAGGAGAUGGUAUUUUCACCUUGGAUGGUAAUGGAUGGAAAGAUUCUCGAGCUAUGUUGCGUCCACAAUUUGCUAGAGAACAAAUUGCUCACGUCAAGUCAUUGGAACCACAUUUACAAAUUGUUGCCAAGCACAUUAGGUCUAACAACUUUAAGACAUUUGAUUUGCAAGAAUUAUUUUUCAGAUUUACCGUUGAUACUGCCACCGAAUUUUUAUUUGGAGAAUCAGUCCAUUCAUUAUACGAUGAUAAACUAGGUAUUUCCCCACCAAAUGAUAUCCCUGGAAGAGAAAACUUUGCUGAAGCAUUCAACAAGUCUCAAAAUUACCUUGCAUCGAGAGCUUAUAUGCAAAUGUUUUAUUUCUUCAUCAAUCCAAAGGAAUUUAGAGACUGUAACAAGAAGGUUCAACAUUUGGCUCAAUACUUUGUCAACAAGGCCCUUAACUUUACCCCAGAAGAAUUGGAAGAGAAAUCAAAGGAUGGCUAUGUUUUCCUUUACGAAUUGGUUAAACAAACUAGAAACCCACAGGUGUUACAAGACCAGUUGUUGAACAUCAUGGUUGCUGGUAGAGACACCACUGCUGGAUUAUUGUCGUUCACCAUGUUCGAAUUGUCAAGAAACCCUGAAGUUUGGCAAAAAUUGAGACAAGAAAUUAUCGAAAACUUUGGAGAAGGUGAAAAUGCCAAGGUUGAAUCCAUUACUUUUGAAACUUUGAAGAAAUGUGAAUAUUUGAAAGCAGUGCUUAAUGAAACCCUUAGGUUAUACCCAUCAGUCCCAGUCAAUUUCAGAACUGCCACUAGGGACACGACAUUGCCUCGUGGUGGUGGUCCAGAUGGUACCAAGCCAAUCUAUGUUCCAAAAGGAUCCACUGUUGCAUACUCCGUUUACGUAACCCACAGGUUGGAAGAAUACUACGGUAAGGAUUCGAGAGAGUUUAAACCAGAAAGAUGGGAAAACAUAAAGAGAUUAGGCUGGGCUUACUUACCAUUCAACGGUGGUCCACGUAUCUGUUUAGGUCAACAAUUUGCCUUGACUGAAGCUAGUUAUGUUGUUGCUAGAUUAGCACAAAUGUUCCCCACCUUGGAAUCACAAGAUGACGUCUAUCCACCAAAGAAAUGUGUACAUUUGACUAUGAACUUGGACGAGGGUGUCUUUGUCAAAAUGAAGUAA